AUGGCCUCAUACGGUUACGGACAAAACCCUCAGUACGGCGGUGGGGGUGCGCAGAACCUCCAAUUCUACUCCUCCUCGUUUUCGAAUCAGCCAGUGUCUGGCCACUCGACGCCUUUCCAGGCCAACUAUGGCGCACCCCAGGCUCAAACUUUCCCUACACAAUAUGGCCAGGGGUUCUCUGCGCCCGGCGUCAGCGGACAGAUGGGCAUGGGGGAUUCAGGGCUGCGAACAGGAUGGCUUGCUGCUUUUGGGGCAGAAGGCUACGAAGGAGAACCACCGCUGCUUGAAGAACUUGGGGUCAACUUCGGACACAUUCAGAUGAAGACACUGGCGGUGCUGAACCCUUUUCGACGUAUCGAACCGCACAUCAUGGACGACAGCGACGUUGCGGGCCCCAUUCUUUUCUUCUUCAUCUUCGGCACAUCUCUUCUGCUCUCUGGAAAGCUCCACUUCGGUUACAUCUACGGAUUGGGACUUGUGGGCACAAUACUGCUCCAUCAGAUCAUCUCACUCAUGUCGCCGCCUAUAAGCGCGGAUGAGGCCGUUGCAGGACAGGACCACGACCGCCAACAUGGCUCGCACCUCGGUUCUUCGUUGACAUAUCCUCGGUCAGCUUCGAUCGUAGGCUACUGUCUGCUUCCGCUUGUUCUGGUUUCGACCCUGGGCAUUGUUGUACCGCUGGACGGCCUUUUUGGCUACCUUGUCACAAGUCUGUCUAUCAUGUGGUGCUCAUACUCUUCGAGCUCGAUGUUUACCAUCGCUGGUCGCAUGACUUCGAUGAGGGGUCUCGUCGCGUAUCCUAUGGUACUGUUCUAUGGCAGCUUUGGUAUCAUGGCUAUUUUCAGCUCUCGGGGUACUGGCAAGCUGGGUCAAGUCGCUGGGGCAGCAUGA